GCACUCAUUUUUUCGUGGUCUGUGUUGCAUUGUGUGUGUUUUGUGAAUGUGAAUAUUGUGAAUACGUCCGAUAAUAAUUUUGUAACUUCACCAAGCCUACAAUUAUACGCUAAGUUUGACCUAAAUAAAAAAAUCAACAAUAUUCUGCUAAACUAUACCUGACCAUCAUCUGUAAUUUGUGCAUUGAAUAUAGUGUAAAAUAUGGUUAGGAGUGGGAGAGACCGGGACAGAGAUCGCGAACGCAGACGCUCGCAUAGCCGCUCAGCGACUCCAGAUCGUAAACGCAGGCGUUCCCGUUCCAGAAGUAGAGAUCGCAGUUCCAAAGUGACGAAAAGGAAGCGUAGUCGCAGCAGAGAGAGGGAAUCUAAACGUGAUCGCAGCAGGGAUCGUGACAGGGACCGUAAAAGUGACAAGCGAGAUGACAAGAGGAAUGGAUCAAGUAGCAAAUCUCGGAAAAAGUCCCCAGAAAGAGACAGGGACAGAGAUAAAGAGAGAGACAGGUCCAAAUCAAAGGAAAAAACUAUCAAGUCUGAAGAUUAUAAUCCAGGAUCUGGUCUUGACAAGGAAGAGGAGCAAAGCAGGUUAGAAGCGGAAAUGCAAAAAAGGCGAGAUCGCAUAGAGCGUUGGAGAGCAGAGCGCAAACGCAAAGAAAUUGAGUCAGCUAAGAAAGAGGUGCAAAAAGGAAGUAUUGUGACUAAUAUCCAAUUGCCGACUUCAAAAAAAUGGUCUUUAGAGGAUGAUUCUGGGGAUGAAGGGGAAGAUGGUGAAGGCAAGGACAAGGAGAAGGCUGAAGAGAAGAAAGAGGAAGAAGAUGAAAUAGAUCCAUUAGACGCCUACAUGCAAGAAGUACAACAAGAAGUCAGGAAGGUAAAUGAACUGGACCAAGCACGAGGUAUCAUCAGCGUACCAUCAACUGGCGGAGGCACUGGUGUUGUGAUUCUCACUGGAACUGCUAAGAAGAAAGUAACAGAACAGAAAAAUAAAGGUGAAUUAAUAGAACAAAAUCAGGAUGGUCUAGAAUAUUCAUCUGAGGAAGAAACAGAAGAUAUCAAAGACGCAGCAGCCAACCUUGCCUCCAAACAGAGGAAGGAGCUAGCUAAAGUGGAUCACUCCAGUUUGGAAUAUAUGCCUUUUAGGAAAGCAUUCUAUACAGAAGUAAGUGAGCUAGCUCGCAUGACGCCGGAAGAAGUAGAAGCGUAUAGGAUUGAGUUGGAAGGCAUCCGCGUGAAGGGCAAGGGCUGUCCCAAGCCCAUCAAGUCCUGGGCCCACUGUGGAGUCAGCAAGAAGGAGCUUGACGUGCUCAAGAAGCUUGGCUUCGAGAAGCCCACGCCCAUACAGGCGCAAGCCAUCCCUGCUAUUAUGUCGGGAAGAGAUCUAAUUGGGAUAGCCAAAACAGGUUCGGGCAAAACUCUAGCAUUUAUUCUGCCAAUGUUUCGACACGUCCUCGACCAACAGCCGCUAGAAGACACGGACGGGCCGAUAUCUCUUAUAAUGACGCCUACCAGAGAACUGUGCAUGCAGAUAGGAAAAGAUAUUCGGAAGUUUGCCAAAUCCUUGGGGCUACGAGUCGUUUGUGUGUAUGGAGGCACUGGCAUAUCUGAACAGAUCGCGGAACUGAAGCGCGGUGCGGAGAUGAUAGUGUGCACGCCGGGACGCAUGAUUGAUAUGUUGGCCGCCAACUCCGGCCGCGUCACCAACCUGCGCCGAGUCACCUACAUCGUCCUUGAUGAGGCAGACCGCAUGUUCGAUAUGGGCUUUGAACCGCAGGUGAUGAAGAUAAUCGACAACGUGCGGCCCGACCGGCAGACGGUGAUGUUCAGUGCAACCUUCCCGCGCCAGAUGGAAGCUCUCGCCAGGCGCAUCCUGCAGAAACCCAUCGAAGUUCAGGUGGGUGGUCGCAGCGUAGUGUGCAAGGAAGUGGAGCAACACGUGGCGGUAUUGGAGGACGACGCGAAGUUCUUCAAGCUGCUAGAACUGUUGGGAUUGUACAGUCAGAUGGGCAGCAUCAUAGUGUUCGUGGACAAGCAGGAGAACGCCGACAGCCUCCUCAAGGACUUGAUGAAGGCCUCGUAUUCUUGCAUGAGUUUGCAUGGAGGUAUUGAUCAAUUCGACAGGGACUCGACGAUCGUGGACUUCAAGUCUGGCAAGGUGAAGCUGCUGGUCGCUACAAGCGUCGCUGCGCGCGGCCUGGACGUCAAGCAACUCGUGCUGGUGGUCAACUACGACUGCCCCAACCACUACGAGGACUAUGUGCACAGAUGCGGUCGAACAGGACGCGCCGGUAACAAGGGUUACGCGUGGACUUUCCUCACUCCGGAGCAAGGGCGUUACGCGGGAGACGUUCUGCGCGCCUUCGAGCUCGCGGGCACCAACCCGCCGCCUGAGCUCAAGCAGCUGUGGGAGACUUACAAGGAAGCACAAGAAAAAGAGGGGAAGAAAGUACAUACGGGAGGUGGAUUUAGCGGGAAAGGGUUCAAGUUCGACGAGUCGGAGGCGCAAGCGGCCACGGAGCGCAAGAAGUACCAGAAGGCGGCGCUCGGCCUGCAGGACUCGGACGACGAGGACGUGGAGGGUGACCUCGACCAGCAGAUCGAGGUCAUGCUCGCGGCUAAGAAGAUCGUCAAAGAAAUCAAGCCUGGAGUAGGCAACGCUGCGCCGCCAUCGGCUGCGGGUGCGGCCUCAACUGACGGCAAAUUGGAGUUGGCGAAACGAUUGGCGUCUCGCAUAAACCUUGCCAAAGGCUUGGGCGUGGAGCAGAAGGGCGCCACGCAACAAGCUGCCGAAGCUAUCCUCAAGGGUGCACCUUCUGCGCAUACGCUUAUUACGGCCAAAACAGUCGCUGAACAGUUAGCUGCAAAAUUGAACACACGCCUCAACUAUCAGCCUCGCGAUGAGAGCUCUUCAGAACCAGCGGAAGAAGUGUUCAGGAAGUAUGAAACAGAACUGGAGAUCAACGACUUCCCUCAACAAGCGCGUUGGCGAGUUACUAGCAAGGAGGCGUUAGCGUUAAUCAGCGAGUACUCCGAGGCGGGUAUCACAGUCCGUGGCACCUAUGUACCGCCCGGCAAAGCUCCUCCAGAAGGCGAAAGAAAACUAUACUUAGCCAUUGAGAGUUCCCAGGAGUUAGCAGUCGCCAAAGCCAAGUCUGAGAUCACGCGCCUCAUCAAAGAAGAGCUGCUCAAACUACAGACCUCAGCCCAUCAUAUGAUCAACAAAGCUAGAUAUAAGGUCCUUUAAUAUUCGACGGAAAUUAUAGUUUGACGAAUA